GAGGCACCGUGACGCAGAGGAGGCGGAAGUGGCUGCGGGUUGCCCGGGGCGACUAACGCCGGGGCGGCCGCCGGGGUUGCGGCCAUGGGCGAGCUGGGCCCCGAGGAUGGGUCCGGGAACACCUACAGCCUGCGGCCCGGCUUCCAGCGCCGAUUUAAAUCAUCUACGGUAAAAGAAUGCAUCCAUGCCAUACUGAAGGAGAAACUGGCCAAUGUACAGUACGUCCCAGAAGAAAUGCCUCAGCUUACACAGUCAUUAUCAGAGACAAUAAAAGACAGACUGAAAGAGGAGGGAUUUGACAGGUACAAAAUGGUGGUGCAGGUUGUUAUUGGAGAGCAGAGAGGAGAAGGAGUAAACAUGGCUGCACGAUGUUUCUGGGAUGCUGACACUGACAGCUAUGCUCAUGAUGUGUACAUGAAUGACAGCCUCUUUUGUGUGGUAGCUGCAUUUGGCUGCUUCUACUACUGAAGAUGUCAAACAUCACAGAGAGGCACAGAGGUGGGGCAGAACACUGUAGGGUACUUUUUAACAUGCACACAAGCAUCAAUGUUCUUCCUUUAGUACCUAACAAAAUAACAGCUCUACAAAGCAUGUCCUACACCUGUUCUACACACUACAACAUUCCUUCUUCCUGGUGGAUAUUGUUAUAACUGUAAGCACAGUAUUAUUAUGUCCUCUAUUUUAAAACACCCUUUGGUUUUAUAUAGUGUUUUGGUUUUUAUCCUAAAAAAGUGUCUUGCCAGUAGCUGUUGUUUUCUAAGGCAAACUCAGCUUUUGUCUCAAAAGGUCCUGCUGCUUUUAUUUUUGUUAAUUUUCUGAAAUGAAUGAAAUAUUUAUAAGAAAUGUAACACAAUAAAUCUAUGUAU